CGCGGUGCGGGGCGAGCGGGGCCGGGCGGCGGAGAAUGCGCGGGCCUCGGCGGCCAGCCCCGGCGCACAGCCGCGGCCGGGGCGCGCGGCGCGGGGCGGAAAAGCCUGUUUACACAGACUGCACACCGCCUGGGGAAUAAUGCAGUAAAGGAAGUGAGCCGGCUCGGCCUGACUGCUCCAACUUCCUGCUCUCACACACACCAGAGGGAAAAAAAAAAAAAGAGAGGAGCGAGAGAAAGAAAAAAAGGGGGAAAAAUCAGGAUCUCAUUACAAGAGCAACAGACCGUCUGCAGACGCCUGUCAGCAUGGAAAGUCGGGGGCUUUCGCCCGGUUCCUCCUAGAAAUUCCCCCGAAGAAGGAUCUUGAAAGCUCCCCCACAUCUGGGUAUGGAGAGUGCAAUCACGCUGUGGCAGUUCCUCUUGCAGUUGCUCCUGGACCAGAAGCACGAGCAUCUUAUCUGCUGGACCUCCAACGAUGGUGAAUUCAAGCUCCUCAAAGCAGAGGAAGUGGCCAAACUGUGGGGACUCCGAAAAAACAAAACGAACAUGAACUAUGAUAAGCUGAGCAGAGCCCUGCGAUACUAUUAUGACAAGAACAUCAUCAAGAAGGUGAUUGGGCAGAAGUUUGUGUACAAGUUUGUCUCUUUCCCGGAGAUACUGAAAAUGGACCCUCAUGCCGUGGAGAUCAGCCGGGAGAGCCUUUUGCUGCAGGACAGCGACUGCAAGGCACCUCCCGAGGGCCGAGAGGCACACAGACACAGCUUGUCAGCCCUCAAAAGCACGAGCCGCAAUGAAUACAUCCACUCAGGCCUGUACUCAUCCUUCACCAUUAAUUCCCUGCAGAACCCACCAGAAUCCUUCAAGACAAUCAAGACAGAGAGGCUGGAGGAGCAGCCGGAAGACAGCCCUCCCGUGGAAGAAGUCAGGACUGUCAUCAGGUUUGUGACCAAUAAAACCGACAAGCACAUCAGCAGGCCCGUGGUGUCCCUGCCUUCCACGUCUGAGGCCUUCCUGACCUCGUCUGUCUCAGCCAAGAUCUCCUCUUUAAUGUUGCCAAACGCCGCCAGCAUUUCAUCUGCGUCACCCUCCUCAUCUCGGUCCCCGUCCCUGUCCCCCAACUCGCCCCUCCAUUCCGAACACAGAAGCCUCUUCCUGGAGGCUGCCUGCCAUGACUCGGAUUCCCUAGAGCCCUUGAACCUGUCAUCAGGCUCCAAGACCAGGUCUCCGUCUCUUCCCCCAAAGGCCAAAAAACCCAAAGGCUUGGAAAUCUCUGCGCCCCCGCUGGUGCUCUCUGGCUCCGACAUCGGCUCCAUUGCCCUCAACAGCCCAGCUCUUCCCUCGGGAUCCCUCACCCCAGCCUUCUUCACUGCGCAGACACCAAAUGGACUGCUUCUGACCCCGAGUCCACUGCUCUCCAGCAUACAUUUCUGGAGCAGCCUUAGUCCAGUUGCUCCACUGAGUCCUGCCCGGCUACAAGGGCCAAAUACGCUGUUCCAGUUUCCAACACUGCUUAAUGGCCACAUGCCAGUGCCAAUCCCCAGUCUGGACAGAGCUGCUUCUCCAGUACUGCUUUCUUCAAACUCUCAGAAAUCCUGAUGACAUCUGACCACAAUUAAAGACUUAUUAGCUGAUGAAACAAGUUUGUCCCCAUGGGCUAGUUUACCUGUGUCAUGAGAAGGACGUUGUGAAACCCUGUUAAUUUGGUUUGCACUUUUCAUAACAUGGAUGGUCUAGAUUUAUGUUAGCAUUUUAAAACUUUUUUUUAUAUUCAACUUAUAUAUGAAAAUCUGUUUUGCAUUAAGUGAAUUUUAAUGUUUUUGUUUUUUUAUAUCUUAAGUGUUGAACACUGUUGACAGUGAAGAACUUUUCUUAAUGGUUUUCAGUGUAACUAAUAAGGAUGUGAAGCUUUUCUUCUCUUUAAUUCUGCAUAUGCUGAAUUGUGCUUAUAUACACUAUAACCAGCUGUGCCUUCCUUUGCAUUUAGUUUUAUGUAAAUGUUUAUAUAUUUUUUAGAAUUAAGAGAAUAUGUUUGAAAGACAAACGUAUCAAACAGCUCUCUAGUAGAAUUUCAUUAUUUUUCACAAAUAGGCAAUAUGAAAGCAUAUUCAUAUUUUUCAUUUUUGCUUUCACUUGUAUAAGAAUUGCCUUAGAACCUCUUUUGAACUAAAAUUCAAUAAAUGUAAUGUCCAAGUAAUGUUUUUAUAAAAAGAAACUAAGCCAUAUUUAGACAAUAAACAUUCAUAAAAAAAAA